AUGACAGCUACGACUACAAACGAGUCCGGCGGGCCCGGCCUCCUGCGUUUGCGUAUGAAGAGGUUGCUUAACGUUCUUUGCCAGAGGUGGCUCUAUAUUGGAAUUGCAAUCUUCCUGGCAACUCUCAAUUUGUUGCUUGGGAUCUUGACACUCUCGUACCUUCAUCCCAAGAAAGAUGUGCUCCUCUUCGGAAUAGUCUGCUUUGCCAUUAUUUUGGCUCUAGGACACUUCGCGUCGUGUAUCUAUUUGAUACAACGAGCGAAAGAUGAAUCUAGCGACCCUACUCUGGUCGACGCAGCUUGUUCUGCUGGUGUCGUGGCACUGUUUGCUUUAUCCGGGGUUGUCCUAACCAUUAAGCUGAAGGGAAGAUGCUUCUCGGGACAUAACGAAAUGUUCACGGCCAUUGGCCAAGGCUGUUGUAAUGGCGUCACCGCAAUGGCUGCGAUUUCCUGGAUCGGGGUUGUAAUCAUGAUCAUAGCUUCUGUGAUUAUUCUUAUUGCUGCCCUUCGUGCCAUUGAGGAAGCAAAGCAGCCCCCUCCUGUAUUCCCUUCGGGGGCAGAGGCUCCUGUUAUGCGAUGGUUGGACAGGAACGAUCCAUUUUUAGCUGUGACUGAACGUCGUCAACAGUAUGUCUGA